AUGGGGUGCAGGUGCUGCAAAAUGAUACAAAGCUAUAUUUUUGAUCCAGAAGAAGUACAAUCGCCUGGAUGCAUUAAUGAAGGAAACAGCUACAAACACAAUGAGCAAGGCAGCAAUAAAUUCAAAGAGAAUACUGAAAGUCAAAAACACAAAAACGAACUUCAGAAGGAUGAGUUAAACAGCACAGAAAAUAAAAAUCAGGUAAACAGCACAAACGAAACUCUCUGGAACCAUGGAGGCAAUGAUUUUCAGGAGGAUGGGCUCGUGAAGUGUGUUGCAAAGCCUGAUGUUGCAGUCAAUGGUGGCAACUCCUGCUCUGAAGCACACCCCAUGCUCAAUCCCAACAUAAACCCAGUGAAAGAAACCAGUGAACUGGGAACAUCCAUCCAGCCAGAGUUUUCUUCAGCCAACAAUAGAGACUUUUACACCAAAUCAAAUAGGUCUGGCCAAGAACUUGCCCUAGAGACAGGCAGGCAGAGGAAGACAGCCUGCAAUGAGCCAAACAGUAUUCAAGAUGGGAACUCCCAGUCUACAGAAGACAGCAUCUUUCCAAAAGGAAGUGCAAUACCAGAGACACAAAACAAUCCCAUACAACUGCCAGAUAUUGAUUAUCCCCAAAAUGGCAAUCAAACCAGGAACUGUGUUGAAAAAGAUAGCUUUUCAGGCCAUUGUGCACAUUCAGACCAAAACACCUGGCCUUCAGCAAUACAGGUCCAAGAUCUUUGUGUAACCCCACCUUCGUUUAUGAAGAAGAGCAGUAUUGAACCUUUUAAAAUAGACUCCACAAGUUUGAGUGAGGGCACUCCAGGUGGUAUCACUGCUGUGGCUGUUACCAAAGUAGCACAGGCACCCACACACGCCACUCAAAAAGACACCAAUGCAGAAGCUGAGGAGGAAGAUGCAGAAGUAGCAGCAGCUCUGGCUGCACUGGAAGCUGCAACUGCAGGGGAAGACCUGGAAGGUGAUGACGAGUACUAG